AUGUGUGAUCAGGCGGUAGUAGAAGCGGGGAAGCUGGCGUCGCCGGCCUGCGAAGAAGCUUCUUGGGACCAACUACACGACACUACCGUGGCCGACCUGUCGAGAAGGGGGAGGCGUUUUUCCGUCCAGGACUCGUUUCUUGGCGAGGAGUGGGUGUCCCCGCUGCUGGAGGACAGCGCUCGGUUCCAGGCCGCCGGCAAGCUGCACCCCCUCGGCCUCGAGCCUGAGCACGGCGAGAUGGCGUGGGUUGAGCCCGACAACGUCGAGUUUGGCUUCCCCGCCCUUCACGAGCUGGUCGUGAACUUGCACGCUCUGGCUUUCGAGCUCAAUCUUAAGGAUCCCGAGCUGAGGCUCCGCCGGGCAUUCCAGGGAUCGACGAUGCUGCUAAGGCUAACAGAAGGGUGCCGGGUGCCGGUUCGUCUGGACAGCGUCGCCGGUGGGGCGGAGACAGGGCACAAGAUCUCGGCCGUGUACUUCAUCGGGCGAAAGGGAGGCGGUGACGCCGACAAAUCACAGCAAGCUUUGAGCGAAGAAGGCGACGCAAUCAACGCCGGAGGGCAGUUGAGACUCCAGAACAUGGAGACGAAUGCCCCUCUUGCGGAAGACAUUGUCGGCAGCAGCAGCGGUGAUGCAUCGCCUCUCGAAGGUAACCCGCCGCAGGAAAGAGAAGAAGUCAACACCUCCACCUCGGACGGAAGCAGAAACACCGACGUGAUUGGCGGCGGUAGCGCGCCCGACGAGUUAGGGUUUACAGGGCCGCGAGGAGGGAAGGGGGGUGAAGAGUCUACUAUGGGACAGGGAGCAGUUGUCGUGUUGGAGCCUACGGCAGACCGGCUGGUCAUGUUCCGCAGCGACUGCGUCUCCACCGAGACCCUGGAGGUCUUGGGCCAUGAGCGAGAGCAGUACGCGAUGUUGUUUUGGAUGCACGGGGCGAGUGGUGGGGCCGGCGACGUUGCUGGUGAUGGUGGUGGUGGCCUUAAGACGGACGCGGAAGACCUGUCUUCGUCUUCGCAGGGCGAAGUUGGUGUGGAGGAGAGGGAUGGCAGCAAGGGAGCCGGCUCAUGAUGUUUGUGUAGCGUUUUGCCGCUCGUCGCUACCACGAUUGUGGUAUUGCUGAAGGGUAACCUCCGUAGCAGGAAACAUUUUCAUUUCCCCCAGACUU